CAGUUGCCUUCAUGAGGCAUCGCUCAACCAGAACUGACCGGUAAAGAAACCAGCCCACAGACGGACUCUUAACUUAUAGCUGGUUACCUGUGCUUUUCUUUCCUGCUGAAAAUAUGGUUAAAAAGACUAAAAGUCCAGUUACUUACGCAAAAAUUAAAGGAAUAGUUUCAUAUUUUACUGCUUUAAUAAAGGACAAGAAGCUUGGAUCCAACUAUCCCAUAUGCCAACAGAUGGGCUUCUUGCAACAUGAGACUAGUCUGUCUAGUGAUGACGGAGCAGCAGCUGUCUCUUUUAGUAAUCCAACAGAGGAGCUGCAAUCUCGGGUAUCUGCAGCUGAUUUUGACUAUUUGAAGGUGAUUGGGACAGGGAGCUUUGGCAAGGUAUUCUUGGCCACACACAGGGAGGAUGGCAGAUACUAUGCAGUCAAAGUCCUACAGAAGCACGGUAUCUUAGAAAAGAAGGAGGAAACACAUGUCAUGUGUGAGCAUAGAGUGUUGUUAAAGACUCUUAAUCAUCCAUUCCUGGUGAAGCUUCACUUCAGCUUUCAGACUAAGGACCGACUUUACCUGGUGCUGGACUAUGCAUGUGGAGGAGAGCUUUUUUACCAUUUGCAGAGAGAGUGGGUGUUUGGAGAACCCCGAGCCAGAUUUUAUGCUGCUGAGAUAGCCAGUGCUUUAGGAUAUUUACACUCCCUGAAUAUUGUCUACAGGGACCUGAAACCAGAAAAUGUUCUGCUGGAUUCUGCAGGUCAUGUGGUUCUGACUGAUUUUGGCUUGUGCAAGGAGGGUGUGACUGGACGUAGUACCACUAGAACCUUUUGUGGAACGCCUGAAUACUUGGCACCUGAGGUCCUCCAGCAGCAGAAGUAUGACAGGAGUGUCGACUGGUGGGGUCUGGGAGCUGUUCUCCAUGAAAUGCUCUAUGGCCUGCCACCUUUCUACAGUACAGAUCGUCUUGAGAUGCUUAGAAAUAUUAUUUCUCAGCCUUUGGAACUAAAACCUGGAGUAUCUAGUGCAGCCAGAGAUUUGCUGAAGAGACUUCUAAACAAGGACAGGGCCAAGAGACUAGGGGCCAAGCGUGAUCUGACUGAUCUGCAGUCUCACGCAUUCUUCUCCUCUAUUCAAUGGAAUGAACUUUUUGCAAAGAAAAUUCCACCCCCUUUUGUUCCCUCACUGUCUGGCCCUGGUGACCUCACAAACAUUGACCCACGGUUCACAGAACUUCCUGUUCCACAGUCACUAGGUGCAUGUGAGGAGUACGGAGCAACUUUUCCUGGCUUUACUUAUAUCAAUGACAAUAUUCUCUCACUGUCAGCACAGACUCGUGGGCACUAAAAUUAAAUUUUGUCAGACCAGAAGAGAUUUUGGCAGCAUGUGAACACGUUUCUACAAUACGGUUAGCAGUUGAAAAAAGAAUGGAACCAAUGAUGUUUUACUUAGGAAAACACUGAAGCACAGUUAGUUUUUUUUUUUUAAAUGUUAGCUGGACCAACGCAUUUGCAAAGUUAUAUCAAAAGUGACUGUGUUUUUCAAACAUUCAUAUAAUGUAUUUAAAUAUUUUUUUAGCCCUGUUGUGAAUGAGAACAAAUAUGUUUGUACUGAAAUACAUAACGAGGUACUGACCCAUCAUCCAGAUUCAGGUGGAAUACCAUGUUGUAAAGACUAAAUGUUGCAUCAGAUGUUUGCAGAUUUUAUGGAAAGAAUGUUAAAUAUGAAGGUUAAUGUAUGGUUGCAUAUAAUAUAAAAAUGGA